GUUUGCCAAUUAAUGAACCUAUGUGAAGGCUUCCAUAUUAUUUUGAAACUAAUAUCCAUAUUAUAAAUUUGAUUUUAUCAGAGUUAAAUAAGACAAAACCAUUCAUUAUGAUAACGUAAGUAUUAUUGGAUUUGGUUUUUGAGGAUAUGAAGUUAAUUCUGAUUUUGACGAAUUACCAGAAAUUCUUGGUGCUUCUUGCUUGUGCCUUACCAAAUACAUGUUGUUUGCACACAAAAAACACUACAGGCAUAAAAUCGCCAGAUAUAAACGAUAUUCUUUCGAGUGUUGUUGAAUAUAUUUCAAAAAUUGAUUUCCAGGGGCGGCUGAAAAUAAAAAUACGUACAGUUGCUGAGCAAACACAUUAAUUCUGCCGCAGACUCUGUAUAUUUUGUAACGAAAAAUCCCCUAAUUACAGUGUUUAGUCCCACGCCCCAUUUCAUACAACCCUAGGGCUGUAUACCUUGUAGUAUUUCCAAAAACGUUUGUAUAAUGAAUGAGUGUUAGGACGAAUUUCACCAAUCUGAUCUGUACAUAAUGCAUUAAUAUAAUCGCAAAACAUUGCCGAACGAAUGAUUUGUGGAUAAAGGUUCAUAAACUGAAGUUAUGCUACCAACGUCAUUUUGUUGUAGAAACAGCGAUUUUCAUUUCACUGUUUCUACAACCGAUUGACGUACAUACAUCCAUCGUAGUAUGCAACAAGUCGCUCAACUUUUUUUUUUCAUAAUCAGGCAAAUAAUCGCAAUUCGAGAAUACUUUCUUGAAAAGGAAUUUAGUUUGGAAUAUAAUAGCAUUCGUGGCCUCUGCUAUCUUCUAUCUGCACUUGUUUCGUACAAAAAGCAAGUGCGCUUUAGUUGUCCACGAGCAUGGACCAAGCUUCGUGUCCUUAGAGGGCUACAGUAUGAACAAAGUUUUGUAGAUAGUCAACUUCGUUCCGCGGCAAGUUUUAUGCGAGCAGUGCAUCCUCCUUAGUUCAAAAACGGCACGAUUUUCCGCCAUAGGACCUCGACGAAUUUCUCUGCUAAUGUCGUUCUCGGUAAUCACCAGUUAGCCUAGGUGCACGCACUUGCCAACUUCCUCAAUAUCAUCCCCGCUAAGCUGAAUCCGUGGUCGGAGAUUAACACGGUCUUCUCUGGGAUCAAUUGUAGGCUGCUGUUCAUCAUCCCGAUUCGGGAAAUAUCCAUAUUGAGUGGUAUUCGAUAAUUUUGGGAUGUUUUCCAGAGAGCAGGAGUCGUCAUCUUGGAUUUCAAAAAGGCUUUAUUUCUGGUCUCUGUGUAUCAUUCUGAUUGCGGAAAUUCUCAUAUAAGGUAGUAUUUGGCCAUUUUGGUCAGUUGUUAGGAAACCAGAAGUUGCCAUCUUAGAAUUCAAAAUAGUCUCUGGGGGCAAUUCUUGGCUCCUGGGCAUCAUUGCGAUCAUUGUAGCUAUUUUCCGGGAAAAUUGUUUCAAAUAUAUGUUUUACUUGGACGGAACCCUUCUCUUGCAGAGAAGAGAGAGGUAUCGUACCACCCAGAGCUGCCAAUGUUCCAGUUUAAACUGGAUUCUUCCAGUUUAUUUUGAGUGAUCCAGUCAAACAGUUUAAUCCCAGAAUCUUCCAGUUUUUUGUUUAUUUCCCAGUUUUAUCCAGAUUUUUUAUGUACUCAAGCUCCGAUUGGUUUUUGGAAAUAUUCUUAGAACGUAAAUGUUGUAAAUUGUUGGAAAAUAAUCAAGAAAUUCCAUAUUUCAAGAUUAUCGCGGACUUGGAAUCAAUUCUACAGUCCGAACGAGAUGAGAGUUUGCAAAUGGUUUGUCGCAAUCAGUACAUCAACAUAAUUCAAAAUCAUAUGAACAGGCUAACGAACGGUGGUCAUACAUCACCACCAGACACUAUCAAUCGUUUUUUGAUCGAAGCAUUUCAUGUCAGCAAAAAGUUCAUCCGAGAAUAUCCAGACUUAUGUGUUGUAACCGCCGAUAAGGGUAAUAAAACAGUUAUAAUGAAGAGAGAAGAUUAUGAGUCAAAAAUGAGAGCCCUUAUUGACGACAUCGACACAUACGAAAGGAUCGACGCGGAUUGGACAAGCAAAAUUCAAACGAAAAAUAACACGCUGGUGAAAUCACUAUUCGACCAAAAAAUGAUUGAUCAACCCACCAAGAAUCGGCUAACUACAUACAACGCGACUUGCCCUAAAAUUUAUGGCUUACCUAAGAUUCAUAAGGACGGCAAUCCACUGAGGGUCAUACUGUCAUGCAUAAACUGCCCAACAUAUGAUCUCUCAAAAUACCUUGCUAGAAUUCUGCAUCAUCCGGUAGACCACGAGAAAUAUAACGUACGCAACUCAUAUGAGUUCUGUACGUUUAUUAACAACGUCACACUUCCCCCCAACUAUGUAUUGGUAUCGUUUGAUGUGGUAAGCCUGUUCACUUGCAUACCGAGAGACUUGGUGGUACAAGCGGUGAGAAAUAACUGGAACUUGAUCGAGAAAAAUACGACGAACAAAGAUCAAAAUGUUUUUAUUAAGCUCAUUGAGUUUAACAUCUCGUCCAGUUAUUUCACCUUCCGUGGGGCCUAUUACCGGCAAAAGGAGGGGACAGCCAUGGGGAAUCCUUUGUCACCUGCUUUAGCUGAUCUUGUAAUGACUACAUUACUUGAUGAUGUGCUUGCAAAGAUCGAUGUACACAUUCCAUGUAUUAAAAAAUACGUCGACGAUUUGUUCACCGCUCUCCCAGCGGACAAGAUUGAAUAUGUGAGGAACGCUCUCAACGGGUUCGACUCACAUAUUCAAUUCACAUAUGAGGUAGAAAAUAACAACCGAUUACCGUAUUUAGAUAUGGUUUUUAUUAGAACCAACGAACACAAAAUCGUGACCGAGUGGUAUAAGAAACCUGUCCGGUUUUAUUGGGAGAGUGUUUCGAUUAUCGACGAACAAAUCGCUCACGGAAAAUAAGCAGAUAGUACGCGAGCACUUGCUUACCAACAACUAUCCGAGCUCACUGAUAAAUCGGUUAAUCGACAGAUUUAUCAACCAAAGCACAAAUAACGUUGUUGAGGAAGUAAACUCGGAACCAAAAGUAUAUCGAUCUUUGCACCAUGUUGACGGCCUCACACCCGCACUUGCACGCAGCAUUAAAAAGAACCAUGAAAAUAUCAGUCUGAGUUUCAAAUGCGUCAAAACCAACAGACUACUUUUCACGAAACUCAAAGACUCUUCUUCGCAUCUUUCAAAAAGAAACGUUAUAUACCGUAUCCCGUGUGCAGACUGCGAUAGCUCAUACAUUAGUAUGACUACACAGCAACUGAAGAACCGUCUUGCCGCUCUCUCAUGAAACGCUACGAACAGUAUAGAGAUUCUAGCACUGAGAGGGAGGGAAGGGAAGAUGAGUUUAAAAAGACGGCGUUGAUGAAGCAUGCGAUAGAAGAGAAUCACAGUUUCAAUAUAGCCAACACUAGAAUUUUAACUUCGGAUGACAGGAUUCAAGCAUUACAGGUGUUAGAAAUGUGUUACAUCGCAUGUGACAGAUCCGCAAUAAAUUAUAGAACGGACACGAACAACUUAAACAUCGCUUUCUCCGGCACGCUGCGAUUUCUCACAUGUUGAUGCAGACUACUACAGUCUCUAGCACUCUCUAUCUCUGUCUUGCAACAUUAUUUCUCUCCGUUUUGACGCAACAUUUCCCGACGGCUUUAAUCGUGUGUGAUGUGUGUUGGAAGAUACUGUGUAAGUGUAGCUCAUCCGUUUGCGUUUUUUUAAAUUUUGAAAAGUCACAAACCAAUUAAUAUUUUGUAUGUUUUAUAUCCAUAGUGUAGUGCAGUUAACCUAAAGCAAUUUUACACCAAUGCACCAUAUUUUGACGAGAACUUGUUUGUUUUGUUUGUAAGUUGUUUGCCCUGAGGACGAGGAAAUAUAUCCUUGAAACGUCGGCUUUGACAUAAUAAAACGUGUUUUAAAGAAACCCGUGACCGAAAUUGCCAUCAUUGAACCCAGUAAAUUGUUAAAUCAUUGUAACAAUUCUUAUCUUCGUUUCCAGCCUUUUCUAUUUUCUCGCACGAAACACGGCCAAAAUAUAAACUACAUAGAAUUGAUGAGAUGAAAAAGGAAAGUAAGACAGAAACUGACGAAUAGAUUUUACCAGAUCGUGGGAAAAAUCAAUUCCAAUGAUAGCUUAAUAUGUUAUUUAAAAAACAAAAACGAUCGAUCUCAAAAAUGUCAUAAACAGGCGGCAUUCUGUAAAAUAAUUUC